CCUUGUCACAUUUGGAUUUAGGAAACAGAAGCUAACAACCACAUCAGUAAAGAAAACUCCAGACAACAGGUGUCAUGUUUUCCCAAAGGUGGAGGUUUGGCUGGGACAGGUUCACUGAGAUUGACCUCUUCACAGACCGACAUGAGUCAAAUAGAGAAACGCUUUCCCAGGCCAUCAGAGCUGCAGCAUCAGAGGAGCCAGAUGCAGAUGGGAGUGUACUAUUUGGGAAUCUGCAGGGCACAGUAGUCGGUCUCAGAUAUUACACUGGGGUGGUAAAUCAAGGGGAAAUGGUUGGUUUGGUGCGUGAGCCUCAGAAUCCGUAUGACCGCAAUGCUGUGAUGGUUGCCAACAUUUAUGGCAACCAGGUGGGACACAUCAAGCGAGAGCUGGCAGCUGCAAUGGCCCAUGUCAUGGACAACAAUUUGGCAAAAGUGGAGGGGGUGGUGCAUUCAAGGACGAAAAACUCAUUCACCAUGCCAGUGAUGCUCUCCUUCUGGGGGAAAGAAGAGAACAAAAAUGCUGUGAUGGAAAGCAUGGCACGGCGUGGAUAUAAGCUGAACACUGGAGGGAGCAAAGCAACAGGUGGCAAUCAGAGAUACUAUAGUAGUCAGGCUGCUUAUGCACUGGCAUCGAAAAAAGGUGUGACCAUUGCACUAACUCCAGAGGAGCUGAAGAAUGCUUUUGACAACCUGUUUGAAGGCUUGAUGGAGAGUAAAGAUGGAGAGAAAGAAGCAGCCAAGUCUGUGGGCACUCCUCUCCUGCCUCACCAGAAGCAGGCACUGUCCUGGAUGUGCGCUCGAGAAAACAAGUCUGGGCUGCCGCCUUUCUGGGAGAAGAGAGGAGAGCUUUACUACAACAGCCUGACGUGUUUCUCUGCCAAAGAAAUCCCUGAGAGAGUUCGUGGAGGGAUCCUGGCAGAUGACAUGGGACUGGGAAAAACUCUGACAGCCAUCGCUCUCAUCCUCACAAACUUUCAUGGAGGAAAGCCUCUCCCUGUGGAGAAAUGUGAGCAGUCUUCCCUGUUCAAAGCCAAAAGUAAACCACAGAUGACCUCCAAACCAGAAGGAAGUGGCCGUGCAGGUGAUGGAGCAGGAGUGGAUGAAGCAUCAGCUGGUUCUGCAUGCUCAGAUAUUCCUCAGGUGAUCUCUGUUGAUUCACCAAUUUCUGCAGAGAAAAAGGUUGAGUCUUUUAAAAUUGCAAGCAAAGGGGAAAUAAAAGCCAUCAAGCGAAAGUCCAGUAAAGAAGCCCCAGUAUUGUUGGAGGAUCUGGACUUUGCUGCAGCCCUGGGAGGCUCCGCAUCAGAAACAGGCCCAAAGAAAAAGAAAACAUCCAGCAAAUCCAACCCUACAACAAGUGAGGGAUCCUCAAUCCCUGAAAGUGUAGAGGACUUAUCAGCAAGAGCGACUCUCAUCAUCGCACCGCUGUCUGUGCUCAGCAACUGGCUGGACCAGUUUGAGCAGCAUGUGCGCUCUAAUGUGAAGCUGAACGUGUAUCUGUAUUACGGCUCAGAGCGCAACAGGAGCAAAAAGUUUCUGUCCUCUCAGGAUGUCGUGAUCACCACGUACAACAUCCUCUCUUCUGACUUUGGGAAUAAGAGUCCCCUUCAUGGUAUCAACUGGCUGAGGAUUGUACUGGAUGAAGGACACAUCAUAAGAAACCCCAAUGCACAGAUGAGUAAAGCUGUGCUGGACCUAAAAGCUCAGCGACGCUGGAUUCUUUCAGGUACUCCCAUCCAGAACAGCGUGAAGGAUCUGUGGAUGCUGCUGGCCUUCCUGCGUCUGAAGCCUUUCAAUGUCAGAGAAUGGUGGAACAGGGUGAUACAGAGACCUGUGACUCAAGGAGACAGAGCCGGUCUGCAGAAUCUUCAGACUCUUGUGAAGUGCAUCACCCUACGCCGGACCAAGAGCAGUGUAGUGAACGGGCGCCCCCUGGUGUCUCUGCCUGAGAAGACAGUGUGUGUGGAGCAGGUGGAGCUGAGCCAGUCUGAGAGAGAGGAGUACGAGCUGGCACGCAGGGAGGGACAGAACACCAUCAGAAGAUAUGUGGCUGAAGGGACCAUCUUGAGGAACUAUGCGGACGUGUUGGUGAUCCUGAUGAGGCUCAGACAGUACUGCUGCCAUCCUGAUCUCCUGGCAAAAAUAUCCUCAGACCUGGCUGCCUCAGCAACACCCGCAGAGCUGCGUGAGCGUCUGAUCCAGAAGCUGCGGUUGGUGUUAGCCAGUGGCUCUGAUGAGGAGUGCUCCGUAUGUCUGGACUCUGUCCGUCUGCCCGUCAUCACACACUGUGCCCACGUUUACUGCCGGCCCUGCAUCGCCCAGGUCAUCAGCACCGAGAAGGAAACGGCACGCUGUCCUCUGUGUCGAAGUGAGAUCAAGACCAAUGAACUGGUGGAGUUUCCACAGGAGGAACUGGAGGAGGAGAAAAGUGUAAGCUCAGAGAAGUGGAGGACAAGCUCAAAGGUGCAAGCCCUGAUGGGAAACCUGCUCAGGCUGAGGUGCGAAGACAGCAGCAUAAAGUGUCUGGUCGUCUCCCAGUUUACACGCUUCCUUACGAUACUGGAGACUCCGCUCAGAGAGCAUGGGUUCAGCUUCGUUCGUCUGGAUGGCAGCCUUAGCCAGAAGAAGAGGACUCAGGUCAUCCAGGAGUUUCAGAGCUCUGCUGCUGACGGCCCCUCCAUCAUGCUGCUGUCACUCAAAGCCGGAGGGGUGGGGCUUAACUUGACCGCUGCGUCUCAUGUUUUUCUCAUGGACCCUGCCUGGAAUCCUGCCUCAGAGGAGCAGUGUAUCGACCGCUGCCACCGUCUGGGACAGAACAGGAAAGUGGUCAUAACCAAGUUCAUCGUGAAAGACUCGGUGGAGGAAAGGAUGGUGAAGAUCCAGAGACAGAAGCAGGACCUGGUGGAGAAGGCUUUCGGCUCCUCAAACACUGAUAGAAAAACAUCUCGCAUUAAUGAUAUAAAAGCUCUGAUGGAGCUGUAAAUGUUUACCUGUGGCUACUGUGCAACACCAUGCAAAGCAUUCAAACUCUUUACAGUCUUCAUUUUGUGGGUCUAAUAGUUCAUAUCUUACGGUCUGCAGGGACAUUUUAGACCUGUUUUUAUUGUUUAAUCAGCAUAUCGACUGGAAAAAUCAUUUGAAGUUAAACUGAAAGAUUUAUCUUUUACUUAAAGCUCCUGUAAUGAAACAUACCAUUAGCAUAAAUCAACUGUUCUUACUUGUUUGUUUUUAAUGUCUGUAACUUUAAUUGCAUGCUACAAAAACUGCAAUUAGUUCUUUAACUGUUUGAAAAAGCUGAUUUUUUUUUUUUUGUAGAAAACACUUCUUAUACAUGUGCAGGACAAAUGCAGUUAAGAGGUGAAAGAUACCGCUUUGUCCACAGGGGGCGCCAAAAUUGACACAAACCCUCUAAUGCUCGCAGGAGCUUUAAAUCCAGAAUAUCUGAAUUCAAAACCAAGAGGCUUUCAAUCAAAACAACAACAAAAAAUAAGAGCAGAGGCAUGCAGCUCUGCCCACCUCUGCUACUCACCUUUUGUUUUGAAUUGAUGACUGUUCAGUAAUGAACAUCACAUAGUGGUGGGUGGUAAACCAGUAUCAGUACCAUCACUGGUGGAAUUCCUGCCAUGGUAUGGAUUUUUGCAACACUUUCAUCACCAGUUUGAAUGCUUGUGUUGUGCUGUGGUGGACACACGAGGCAUAAAUAAUGCCGCCAUCAGUAUAAAUCCAGUCAUCAACACGUUUCGCUCUGACACUAAAGAGCAGCCAGGUAACAAGCCAAACAUCACCCGUUUGGAUUUAUGUGAAGCACGGUAGUGAGGUAAAAGGUGUGUUCUCUCCUCCCAAGUUUGAUGUCUGUAAUAACAGCAACAGGAAGCAAGUGUUCGCUUUGUACAGCGUCUCUGUCAGCCUGUUUCAGGCUUUGACACAAAUAAUUCAAAUACACUUUAACUAUAGGUUCAGUUAUAAAGAAAAUGAACACAGAGAGACUUAUGAAAACCUUUUUCUGUGAUCUAAAGCUCAGACAUGACUUUAAUAUGCUAUCACAGGUUUGUUUAGGGGAAGAAGAAGUUUGUAACCCCUGAACAUACAUUUAAAUGCAUCAUCUCUUUUAACUUUGUAAUACCAUGAUAUAAUAUCAUUGCCACAAAUGGCAAAAAAACAUGAUAUGGUAUACAGGCCAUAUCGCCCAUGUCUAAUUUCACAUGAUGUGGAAGAAAGGCCAUUAAAGUGCCCUUCUUGUAUUAUACUGCAAACAAACCCAAGAUGCUUUGCAAAGAAAUUCAUCAAUGAAACCAAAAAAGGGGGUAAGUACACCUCAUGGAGUGCAUAAGUGGGCCACAGAGGUGGGUGGAGCUGAGCAGCUUGUCUGGUAUCUACUUGACUUGGAAAUGUCUGGUGGGGCCACAACUUAACAUGCAUUAUGAGGAUGGAGUUUCACAUUAUGUGGGUUAACUUAACCAAAUUAACUUGCAGCCUAUGGCUAAGAAUAAUCUUGGUCCAUCACAUGUGAGCUUUACAUAACAUGAAUGAGAUACAGCAGCAGUUACAGCUUCCUUAUGUAGCAGACUUUUACAUAACAUUCAGCAUUUUCAUGGCAGACAAACAUUUCCUGUUAUAACUACAAAAAUAAAGGAUUUCUCCCACUUUGAACAUGGUAAACUGACAUUUUGAUGUGAUGUAAGUAUUUAACUCAUAAAUGUAGAUAAAAUAUUGUCAUUUCCUUGUACCUUUAAUAAAUGUUCAGUUCAUUUCAGGAUG